AUGUUCAUCUACAAUCAUUUCCUAGCACCCUGGUUCUCAAUAGCCUUCUGCCUCUGCCUACUCGAAGCCAUCCUGCUCUUCUCGCCCAAGAACUCACCGUUCUGCCUUUGCUCCCACCAGGUGAUAAUGUGGCUGCACUGGACCGCACAGACGCCAGCGGUUGUGGCUGCCACGCUGGGCCUGGCCUUCAUCAUCUCCAGCAAGAAUCGGAGCGAGCUCCCACACUUGGUUUCCUGGCAUAGCCUGCUGGGAGUCCUGACUCUGGCUGCCACCUGCGGGCAGGCUCUAUGCGGACUUAGCCUGCGCUUCCCCCAGCUGCUGAGGAUCUCCUUUGUGGCACGGCUGAGGCUGUACCAUGUCACAUGUGGCCUGGUUGUGUGUCUGCUGGCCACCUUCACCGUAGUCCUCGGAAUUUGCUCUGAGUGGUUCCAGGCACAGAUCAAAGGGGUAGCUUGGUAUUUCUGCCUGGCACUGGCCUUCUACCCUGCCCUGGUGAUCAUGAACCAGACCACGGGCGUUCACCUACCAAAGAAAAGGGUGCGUGUCUGA